AUGGUUGCCCACGUCCUCGCUCACUGCACGAACCUCAGGAAACUCGACCUUCAAGGGUGCAACGUGCUCUUCAUGGACGAACCCGUCGUACCCGAGGCUAUCUCCGCGCUCCCGAACCUCGCUCAUCUUUCCACAGUCACGUACAUAUACAGCGAGGAAUCGCAGGCACUUCUCCUCCAGAUGGUCGGCAACAUGAAAUCCUCCCUUCGUGCUGCGAGAUGUGGCACGAGCCCAUCGUCAUCUGGAAGACUUCGCGCUGCAGUUCUCCACCUUUACUGCCCCGGGCCUUACCUUCUCCGCCGUCCGCACCCUGCAUCUGAAUCUCAACAAGAACCUUCCUCAGCUCCGUGACAUCCGCAGC